UAUUAGUACGUCUGAUAUAAAUCAAAGUAUAUAUACAUAUGAUUGAGCAAAUAGAAAUAAAGAACCAAAACAUGCACAAAAAUUAAUGUACACAGGCUGCAAUGUGAGAAUAGAAUACUCAAUGGUUGGUAUUUACAGGUGUCAUCAUCGGCGUAAGUAAUGGCGUGGGCCUAUUGCUCUUGAGUACGAGUUUGAUCAUCCUACGGAGGAAAUGGAAGAAAAGAAAACAAAUGAGAAUAAGAGAAAAACACUUCCGUCAGAAUCAUGGUUUACUGCUACAACAACUUAUCUCUUCUCGUGAAGAUGUUGCUGAAAGAACAAAGAUAUUUCCUCUGGAAGAGAUAGAAAAGGCAACCAAUAAUUUUGAUGAAACUCGAGUGCUCGGUCGCGGAGGACACGGAACAGUUUACAAAGGGAUUCUGUCGGACCAACGCGUGGUCGCCAUAAAAAAGUCAAAAAUUGUGAAGAAGAGCGAGAUAGAUCAAUUCGUCAAUGAGGUUGCAAUUCUUUCUCAAAUUAAUCACAGAAACGUGGUAAAGCUUUUUGGAUGCUGCUUGGAGACCGAAGUGCCCUUAUUGAUCUAUGAAUUUAUCUCAAACGGAGCUCUUUCGGACCAUCUCCAUACUUCAGAUGGUAGUUCUGCAUUGUCAUGGGAAGCUCGUCUGAGGAUCGCUGCAGAAACCGCAGGAGCACUUGCUUAUUUGCACUCGGCUGCUUCAAUAUCUAUUUUACACAGGGAUGUAAAGUCAUCGAAUAUUCUCUUGGAUGAUCACUUCACAGCAAAAGUAUCAGAUUUUGGAGCUUCAAGAUUUAUUCCACUUGAUCAAACUCAUAUAGUCACCGGUAUUCAAGGGACCUUUGGAUACUUGGAUCCAGAGUAUUAUCAAACAAGUCAAUUGACAGAAAAGAGCGAUGUUUAUAGCUUUGGGGUCAUUCUUCUGGAGCUUUUAACGGGAAAGAAACCUAUUUUCUCCAUCGAACAUGAGAAUAAACAGAACCUAUCAAUGUAUUUUCUCCAAGCACUACAAGAGAAGCGCUAUUUUGAUCUCGUGGAAGAUCGUGUUAUGAAAGAAGGGACUAAACAAGAACUUACGGAAGUUAUUCAACUAGUAGCAACGUGCUUGAAAUUUAAAGGAAACGAGAGGCCUACGAUGAAAGAAGUGGAGUAUAAACUACAGAGCCUAAGAAGGAUUAGAAAGAAUGGAGGACGUCAUAUUGCAGAAGGUAAUGAAGAAACUGAGUGCCUACUGAGCGAUUCAUCUUAUACUUUCUCCGAUUCAGUUGACCAAGCAACCGAAGGGACAUCCAGGAAUUAUAGCUUAGAAAAUGAAUUCAUGUGGUCACACUAUAACCCACGGUGAGUAUGCGUUAUACUAGUAUUUACAUUUGUAUGUAUUGACAACAUAACCUAGGUCAUUAUAUCAUGUAGUCAUUAUGUGGAACGUUAUGUAGCCAAAUAACUAGUAUCUUAUAAACGCUCAUAUAUGUUAUCAGGUAUAUGUAUCUAAUCAUAUUAUGUACACAGCUUGUUUGCUUAA